AUGCGGUUAUCCAGAUGCUUUGCAUGUGGAAUGGAAAAUGGAUUCCGAGUUUAUAAUGCAGAUCCACUCAAAGAAAAAGAGAAACAAGAAUUUCUAGAAGGUGGCGUUGGCCAUGUUGAAAUGUUGUUUCGCUGCAACUAUUUAGCACUAGUAGGUGGAGGAAAAAAGCCGAAGUACCCACCUAACAAAGUAAUGAUCUGGGAUGACCUGAAGAAGAAGACUGUCAUUGAGAUAGAGUUUUCUACAGAAGUCAAAGCAGUUAAGCUGCGAAGAGACAGAAUUGUGGUAGUCUUGGACUCGAUGAUUAAAGUUUUCACAUUCACACACAAUCCCCACCAGUUGCACGUCUUUGAAACCUGCUACAACCCUAAAGGUCUCUGUGUCCUUUGUCCAAAUAGUAAUAAUUCUCUUCUUGCAUUUCCUGGGACACAUACUGGCCACGUGCAGAUCGUGGAUCUCGCCAAUACGGAAAAGCCUCCUGUCGACAUACCGGCUCACGAAGGAGUCUUGAGCUGCAUAGCUUUAAACCUGCAGGGAACAAGAAUUGCAACAGCAUCAGAAAAAGGGACCCUCAUAAGAAUAUUUGAUACUUCAUCAGGGAAUUUAAUCCAGGAGCUACGAAGAGGAUCACAGGCAGCCAAUAUAUACUGUAUUAACUUCAAUCAGGAUGCUUCCCUAAUCUGCGUGUCCAGCGACCACGGCACAGUACACAUUUUUGCUGCAGAAGACCCUAAAAGAAACAAGCAGUCAAGUUUGGCCUCUGCCAGCUUUCUCCCCAAAUACUUCAGUUCCAAAUGGAGUUUUUCCAAAUUUCAGGUUCCCUCAGGCUCUCCGUGCAUUUGUGCCUUUGGAACAGAGCCAAACGCUGUCAUAGCAAUAUGUGCGGAUGGCAGCUACUACAAGUUCUUAUUCAACCAAAAAGGGGAAUGCUCAAGGGAUGUCUAUGCUCAGUUUCUAGAAAUGACGGACGACAAGCUUUGACUGAGGUGAGGGAGCGCGUGGGUCAAAGUACCGCCCUGGCUGUUCCCCGCCUUUGGAAGGACAGUAUACGAAUGUCCAAUACUGAUCAAGAAGUUUAGCAGACCUCACUGAGAAGCCUGGCCCAACACGAUCAGAACAAGCGCUGAAGUAGUGGACUACAUAUGUUUAUUCUCAUUUCUGCAAGUAUUCAUCAUUAAAAUCUCUUUGGGUUACUGUC